AUGAAACUGAAGCUGGAGCUGGAGCUGGAGGAGUUUCACCAGUGGCAGCCGCAUCACAGUUUAUCACUUGCUGCCAUCUUUGCCUAUGUUUACGCCCAAAUUGCCCCCGGGUCGAAUGCGUAUUUGCCGCCCACAAAGAACGGCUAUGAUUACCCGGAGCCGAAUAAACCAUUUAAGCCAAGUCAACCGGGCAGACCCACACCCGGAGGACCUGGUCCACGUCCGCCAGCACCACCAACACGCCCAAUUCCCGGACAGCCAGGAGAAGAUCAUGUCCAUAUGCCUGGCAUGCCUUUUGACUUUGAAUAUGCCGUUCAGGAUGCUGAAACGGCCAACGAUUAUGCCCACAAGGCGUCCAGUGAUGGCGAUGUGGUAACCGGUGAAUAUCGCGUUCAAUUGCCCGAUGGACGCACUCAAGUUGUACGCUAUACGGCCGACUGGAAGACGGGCUACCACGCGGAUGUUAGCUAUGAGGGAGAGGCUCAGUAUCCACAGGGACCAGUGCCCGGUCAACGUGGAGGCGGCGGUGGUGGUGGUGCCGGUGGUUAUAAAUAUUAAAAAUGAGAUUAUGAGUUGUAAAUUUUAUGAACAAUAAAUAUUAUUGCUAAAAACUUA